GUCGAAACGUCGCGAUCUACAUCUCAAGUGACUACAUCGUGAGACAAACGAUAAUACACUUCAUAUUGCAUCUACCAUGAUGAAUAACAAUAACCUUUUCCUCGACAUUCUAGCCAUUGUUUGGUUAAUUAUCUUUCGAGUCAUUUCGACUUUGAGUAUCUGUCACAAGACUUUAAAUAGUCAGGAAAAUCAGUCCAUAGACGCUCAAGAUCCCGGAGUGACGCACACGAGUUCUGUUUACAUAACCAGAUGUUCUUUUAUAAACAAUCUCAGCUCUUACACAUUCUGAUCACGUUUUCGUUAUUUUUCGUGCAGCCUUCACAACCUUCCGUGUGUCUUCCUACGAUUUUGUUGGCCGCGACACCAAAAUCCCCCUAAUUAGCGCUCAAUUUUACUAAUUUUCCAGGAAAUAGUACUUUAAAAAUAAGAAUUGUGUUCACUGUUCAUCUUGAAUCCACCUGGCGGUUGUAAAGUAAAGAAAAAUGACUUAAAACUGCAUUGUAAAAAUCUGAAAUGUUAUAAGGCUCUCAAAAAUAUAGCUGGCUUAAAUUUUGAAUUCAAAUACGUUGAACGUGAGUUGAUUCGCUUCGCUAUGAUCAGCUCAGACUCAUAUCUGCUAACGCAGUCAGUUAUAAGCUUUCUAUUGGCCACACCAGCAGUCCUUUCAAAUGUGCUUUUGCUCGUUUCAAUCUACCGUCGGCGAUCUCCGGGAAAUCGGAAUCAGUUAUCGUUGAAGCCGGUCACUUUAUUGGUGGUCAACUUGAGCGUGUGCGACUUGCUGUCAGCCAUUGUACCUGGUUACGUAAGUUGUGCCUAUGGCUUCUACCGUAUACACAUCCGAAGUAAAAUCCGGGCAGUAGAACUGCUGAUAAUCAUUGUCGCUGUUGUAACGAAUAUCGUGUCUUCCUGCACCAUAUCUGCAAUGAGUUUUAACUGUUGGCUUGGAGUUUCUUCUCCAUUCCAACACAGAGCACGCUUGACCAAAGCAAAGAUCAAGGUAUUCAUUGCUGUGGUUUGGUUUUACUCGCUACUCUUUGUGAGUCUGUUUGGAGCGGGAGUAUCAAAGGCUGUCUUUGUUCUUCUAUACUGUCACAUCCACGUGUCGCUACCCCUGAUCAUCCUGCCUGUAGUCUACUGCAAAACCUACGCUGCGCUUCGCUUGCAAGGAAAUCAGGUAGUGAACUUGGCUGACGGAAGGCAAAGAAUGGCGUUUGCUCACAGGAACAGACAGCGCAAAUUACUCUCCGCUUUCCUUUUGAUUCUCGUUUUGUUUUACGUAUCUUUCACACCGCAUUUUAUUGCUAACAACAUUUUCGCCAUUAGACCGUCUUUGUCAGAGACGGGGGGCUUCAAAUUUCUUCAGUAUGUUUCUAACACGUUCACUUUAGUGAACAGUAGUGUAAAUCCGUAUAUCUACUCCUGGAGAAUUCCAGAGUACAGGGAGGCCUUCAAGGCGGUUUUCCGUGGGUCGGUCUGCCGAAUAAAACGACGAAUCGGUAUGACAUCUGAUCGGGUUAAUAUUGCCUCAGGACACCUAGGACAACGAUGUUAUUUCAUAAACGUGCAUGGAACACAGUUUACGUCCAGACUCACUGCUGUAAGUCACUGACUCCCGUAAUUAACGCAGAGAAGAGUUCCUUCAGAGUAAACAAUUUUUUUAUUCGCACUCCGGCGCUGGGUAGCAUUGUCAAUUGAGAGAACUGAAACACUGUCCUGAGCUCUAAAACUUGAACUUAUUUGCUCUGUUUGACAAAAAAUUAAAUCUAAGUACAUAACAUAUCUUAAUUUCAUAUGAUUCUUAUUAGUGAUGUGGCUUGCGUUGCUUAAGUGUUUUAAUUUAUUUGUUCAUAUGUUUAGCUUGUUUGGUUAGUUAUGUAAGUUGUGUUUAAUAAAUGUACCUUAUACUAAAACUUCCACGAAGGCUUUUCGAUACACGAUUCUCCAAUGAGGCGAACAUACUAAUUUGAAUACAUUGUAGCGAAAAGCAAAUUACAGUUUUGUACAGAAGGUUAUCAAACAGCGGCUCACACGUGGAAUGAAUUCAGCUUAAUAACGGUUUAAUUACUGUAACGGUCAGAUAAUUAUCAGAUGAAAUGCGUUAUAAACCUCUCAUUUUUUUUCCAAGUCUGUGUCACAACCGCCCUCCAGGGGCUGUUAUAAACACGGGCUAAUUUUUCCGUUAAUAUUUGUUUCGUGUUGUGAAAAGCGUAAUCACACUUAAGAUUAAAAAUAACUUAUGCGAAAGAGUGUUGUAACAAGUACUUUUCCGCAUUACCGGCGGAAAGAAAUAACAAUAGUUUCAAUAGGUUAUCUGCUGUUUUUAAAAUACGUUAUUGAAUGGCAAAGUUAAUAUAGAUCUUUUAUCAUCUGAAUUCAACGAUGUGUUCUUGUGUAGAAGUCAAGGAAGCGAUUAGCUCCAAUUAACUCAGAGGAAAUCAUUAAAGUUACAUUUUUGUCA